UGUUUCCUGGUUUGAAAAAAAAGGUCCCUCCUUUCAGGUGCGUUUUUACUAAACUAAACUCUAGAGCUGACAGAACACGCUUCAGAAGUAUUUUACAGAAAUAAAGGUACAUAUCAGAACCACUCCAAAAUGGCAGAGUCAGCCGAGGCCGUGGUAGCUAACCUGAGCAGCAAGAGGAAUGUCACCAUUGAGAUCACCAAUCUCACAAACAACUACUGUCUCAUAAACCCAAAGGUAUUCCUGGAGAGUGGGGAUACCUACAACCCUCCCCAGCCCACAGUGCGGCCCCUAAAGACCGAUGUUUGCACAUUCAGCAAAUCAAGCGCCAAGGCAACGGGCAGCGUUGGUGUUCUGACCUAUGACCUCUUUGAGAGGUCCCGGAACGACUACAUCGAGACAGUGGCCUUCAUGUUCGCUGUGCCCUGGGACUACAACAUCUACAAGAACUGGUUCGCUGUGGGCAUCUUCAACAAGGGCCGAGCCUGUGAUGAGUCACUGUAUAAAGAGAUGUACUAUGAAAAGAACCAGAAAGGUUUCAUUAGAGAGGAAGCCAAUGGCUCAGGGAUCAACUAUGAAGGGAACUACCUGGACAUCAAGGCCACCAUGUCCCCCAUGGGCAGGGCCAUCAUGAAGGUGGAGGUGUGGGACAAGCUGUUCACUCCCAACCAGCAGGCCUACUAAGGGGAACCUCCAGCCUCCACCCUCUUCACCAGCACUACAGUAUACCUAUGUUGUGUUGUACCUCUGUGCCAAAACCAAUCCAUCAACCAUUAGAUAUUACUACCCUGCUAUACUGCUACUGUCUGUCUGUAUGCAUGAUUUAACCCAUGUUUUGUUGCUGACAUGUCUGAAUUUCAAGAUAUUACCUUUCAGUAAAUCUGCUUAAGAUCACAGUUUAGUUUGUUUAUGAAUCCAGGCAGAAGCGAUAUCUUCUCUUUUCUGUAGAAGUCACUGUUCUGUUCAUCUCUCAGUACCAUCCUCUUUCAACUGGCAUCUUCUGUAGAAAUGUAAAUCAAAACGACUCACAAGAGGACGAGGGUGCAUAGCUUACUUAACAACAUAUAGCCAUGAGCUGUCUCUGUCUGUAUCUACUUAUGGCAAUAAUAGUCUAUGGAAUAAAUGUUGUUGUUUUGCUAAAGA